AUGUCGCGACUCAUUCUUGUGUUGGCGGCAACAACAGCAUCAACAGCAUUAACCUCAGCGCAAUCAGCUAGUCCUAUCCCAACCACAACGCAGGUCUUCUUCCCAUAUCCUGAGGGCAACAUACCUCUCAACGCAUUCGUCAUAGCGCAAGACGCCACCGCCACGACCCUUGCCAUUCAGUGUGCGCCCCAAGCUACGACAGAGUGCGACUUUCCAAGCCCAAUCACCGUGACGGUCGGCCCUUCGACCUUUCACCUCGACCCGACUGGCAUAUACUAUCCCCUAGGCUUGGUUGAUUGCACGUUGAGUGGCACCACCGCAGCGGUCUGUGCAGUUACCGCAGGCAUCUACGACGACCCAGACAUCGGUUACAGGUCGGACAAUGGUUGGCUCGAUGUGACCACACCUGCCGCAAGCAGCACCACAAAUACAGCAACAUUUGCAGAGACCGAUCUGGGCUAUAUCACUGUCACUAUUCCUGCUGCAUUGCUUCAGUCAGAAAGCAGUACAAGCAGUGGACACACCAAUACAGCAAGCAGAACAAAUCCGUUAGCAAGUACACCUAUGCCUACCGGAGCCAGUGACAGCAGUGUAAACACUGCGACGACACCUAUGAUCACUGCCACUGGAGCUGCUAAUUUACUUUCGAAUACACUCACCUAUGCUGGUUUGCUUGUCAGUCUCGUUACAACAUUUUUACUCUCGUAA